GUUAUCAUGAACUUUCUUUUUUUCGACUUUCUUCUGGAUUCUUUGAAAUUCUUUGCAUAUAUUACCCUUUAUAUCAAAUUUAUUAUACCAUGUUUCGAUGCUUAUGUGCGCUUAUGAGUCUUAUCAAGCAAGCAGGAAGUUGGUCUCCUUUUGUGACCAUCAAUAGUCUCUAUAUGAAAUCUAUGAAUCUUUGACCCAAACGUUCUCCACAUAGUAGAAUCUCCUUACUCGUUGAGCCUCAACUUCAUCCCUUAACCGUAAGCUAGGAAGUCACGACCAUCACACAUCCUGAACGCAACUUCUAUAAGUCUCAAUAAAAGCUGUAAAUGUAAAUAAACACAUUGGUUGUUCCUGCCUUGGAAAAUAAGAACUUUGGCUCCUUUUCUCCUUUUCUUCAACAUCCAACCUUACUUAAGUUGUUGUUGUUGUUUUUUCGGGCUUCCUUCAUCUAUUCAUCGUAUAUUCAACACACUCGCUGGCGUCCAUCGUUUGCAUUAGAUAUCGCUGUUUAUAUACUUCCGUCCUUCGUUUGGUGUCGGUAUACACUCUUCUACAUGUUUAGACCAUUCUUUUCUCGUUCUUGGAGAUACAAAAUACUCGCUCAUUAUAUUGAAGCUCCUUUGCUUGCAGAAUUCAGGACAAUACACUCGAGACCUGUUCCAUCUCUGAAAAAGCGUGCGGACUUUUUGCUUGAGUAUUUCAGAUUCUAGCAAUCCAGCGGCCCACAACCCAUCAGUGCCGGGAAAUUUAAAUAAAAAUCCAUCUAAAAGGACAUACACUGUGCCGUCUGAUCCCCAGCUCUUCCUUCACUCAUCUAUACGCCUGCAAGGUCAAUAGCCCGUCAAUAGCCUGACCAUAGCAAUGGGCGGCUGCUGCAUGAACUGCGACCCCUUUAGAUGCUUCCGCAGAAAGGAGGAGCCAGAAAGCGAGGAAGAAGUUCAAAUCACGGUUUCGGACGAUAGUACAAUAGUUGACUCGUCAGACUCAUUGGCACCCCAGCUCCCUCCAAUCAACCGACUAAGCAGCCUUCAUAUCCCAGGAGUGCUGCCUCCUAGCCCCGAUCCGCAGCACGACAUAUUGUUUUCCGAAGAACCAUCUCUAAGUUCCUUCGCAGAGAUGGUCUAUUAUCAUAAUGGUUCGGCUGGCCUGCCUCAAAGUGAUAUGGACGCUCUGAAUAGAUGUCAUGCUUCUGCAUUGAGUAGAGGGAGCGUUCAGCCGUGCCAGUAUCCCACACUUCGAAACCCGCCAGCAAUGGUGGACCCUCGAAUGAAAGACAAAGCCCCUGGUAUCAGCUGCGACCCGCUUACGGAAGCGAUGCAGGCAAUGGCAGAAGAGCUGAAGGAAGAACAGGCUUCGGAGGAAAACUUGGAGAACCCAGCCCAGUCUCAGGCCAAAAACGAGGACGGCUGUAAAGUAGGGAUUGUGCCAGACGCUGUCAUGGAGGCGCGAGCAAUAGCCUCAAGAAUUGUAGUGCCCAGUCCAGAAGCAGCUGAAGAGAAAGACGGGAGCCAUGUGGCAUUCACAGUCGACAUAAAGCCACCACCACGCCCACUGCCGCUGAACUGGAAACCCUCACAGGUAGUAGACCGCGUUUGCAAGGGUAUGGAUGCCAUGAUGGAAGUAAGAGCAGGAAUCAACAGGAUCUUGAGGGACAAGCCUGAUUACGUCGUUGGCUUGCCCUACACAGUCCAACAUAAGAAAGAGCUGGAAAUGAGGGCUUUGGGAACUGUGAUCCGUUUCGCAAAUUGUAUCGCUGAAGACAAGAGGCUCCAUGAUGAGAAAGAACCUAUUCGUCUACUGGUCACUUGUUUGGAAGUCCUUGUGCAGUGCACCUCAGCUUCCCUGGCUGCUGCCCUGAUGGCUGCUGAGGACUCAAAGAGCCCAGAGGAAGAUGAGGCCAUCCGCCUCCAGGUACAGCGAUGGUUAGUUCAAACUUUCUCCGAUAUCUGGGUUUUGGAAAAGGAAACGGCCAGGUAUCUGGCAAGGUUUGCCGUCGAUAUUGAUUGACUCUUCAAGGAGCUCAGCUUGAUAUCGUUUUUGUCUGACAUGGGAAUGGUAAUCGAAGGGAUAGCGUGGCCUUUUGAGAAUUCCUGCAUUUAACCCUUGCUGAAGUCCAGUUUUUCUGACGUGUAUACUGUCUAUUCUGUGUCAUGUUCCGCAUCGAAGGAAUGCAUCCACUCAUUGAUAAAUAUUGCAAAAAUAUAGAGUUUAAAUCAAAUCAAGACAAAUGCCCUUUCCCGGGCAAAAAAGCGUGUAUCCUUUAUAAAUCCAAGCCAAUAAGUGGAUUAUUG